CUUGUGUUCCAACUGUAUUUACGGCCAUGUACAGGAUAGUGUUGCUGCUCCUCUUUAUGUUGGCAGUUCCUGCAAUGGGUGGAGGGCAACAGAAGAAAAAAAGGAUAAAAGGAUGUGACCCGAGUUACCCUCGAGCUUCAACAGCUGCGGAACCGUCAGAUCAUUCCAGUUGUCAGUUUCAGAAGUGUCAAACACCCUGCCCAGAUCCGAAACCAGACUGGUUCUACCAUGCACUCAACAAAGUGUGUUUAAAGAGCGAAAGUCAAUACUGUGGCGUUGGUAAUAAUAGCUACCCAAGUUGUGAAGAAUGCAUGAGAAUUUGCGCAACUCGGAUCUGCGCUGAAGAAGCUAGCACAACACGUCCCGAUGUACCUUACUCAUGGGAGUAGGGCUAGACACUCAAGAUGACCUGAAGCGAACCUUGGUAUGGUCUUCAAUUUGAUGUCAUGGAAAAAUAAAUAUUA